AGAGGAGGAGGGGGUGCAAGGCACACCCAGACCCUAGGUGCAAGUCCCUUUGAAGUUCAGUCAGCGGACCCUCGUGCUAGGAGCCCAAACACCCCGCAGGCGAGGAGCCUAUCAAGUCGUGCUUGUCGCCGGCGAACGGGUCGGGAGGAACGAAGCUGAAGAAGCAGGUGUCGUUCAACCGGGUGGUGCGCGUGCGGCGCUUCCCCUCGUGCGAUGCGAGCAUCGGGAGGGCAGGUUUGAUGUUGAGAGGGGCACUGCUGGCAUGGGAUGGACCGAAGCUGAAGAAGCAUGUGUCACUCAACCGGGUGGUGCGCGUGCGGCGCUUCCCCUCGUGGGAUGCGAGCAUCAGCCGGGUGGGCAUGACAUGGCCACUAGCACGAGAUGGGGUUGGAGCUGUAUGUUCCCCUCGUGUGAUGCGAGCAUAGGAAGGCAGGGGUGAUGAUGA